ACUCCCCCCUCUGACCCCUGACCUCCCGCCACCCGGAACCGGAAACGGGGAGAUCGAGGUCGAGGCAGCCAUGCAGCCACAAGAAGAAAAGCAGUUGGAGGCAUCUGUGGACGCCAUUAUCAGUCGGGUGGCUGAUUUGAAAAGCUCUUUGGCAGCUUUCAUCCUCAAAUUAGAGAAUGAAUUUGAACGAAUGAACUGGCCUUCAGUAUUGGAUAACUUUGCCUUGGUAUCUGGCCAGCUGAACACUUUGAACAAGCUCCUGAGAAAUGAAAAAACACCACUGUUAAGAAAUCAAGUCAUCAUUCCAUUGCUGCUUUCUCCUGACCGUGAUGAUGAACUAAUGAAACUAACAGAGGGUCGAGUUCCUGUUUUCAGUCAUGAGGUGGUUCCUGAUCAUCUCCGAACCAAACCAGACCCAGAAGUAGAAGAACAGGAGAAGCAAUUGAGUACAGAGGCAGCACGCUUAGCACCUGAUGUAGCUCAGAAACACAUCCAGUCAUUGAACAAAAUGUGUAGCAAUUUACUUGACAAACUUAACAACACUCGGGAGGAACGGGAGUCUGAGAGUGGAGCUUCCCGUCAGAACAAGCAGACCUUUAACCCAGCUGAUACCAAUGCUUUAUUGGCAGCUAUUGGAUUUGGGAAAGGAUUGUCCAAACCAAUUCGACCAACUCCCCAAGGUGGACCAGUCUCGUCAGGUCAGCCCGUGCCAGGUGCUAGUCUCCAGGGUGGUCCAAAUAUAGCACAGGUGUCAAUACAAAGUGGGUCUAACCAACAGGGUAUGCAAGGCCAGGUUCCACCGCAGCAAGGUCAGCCAGGUAAGAUGCCAAGUACCAUAAAAACCAACAUCAAGUCUGCAUCAAUGCAUCCGUAUCAGAGAUGAAAUAUAACCCAACUAAGGCUGUCAAACAAUUACAAUGGAGUCUCUGAAGAUCUCAACAAGAAAAUUGAGAUCACAUGGAAUGAGAGUUACUCCACCAAGUAAAGAAUCAGUUUUGAAAGGGAUCUUGUCAUAAAUUGACAUUUUUGUUGGCUGGUCAAGAAGCCUGUGUGCAAAUAGAAUCUACUGUACUUAGGUUUUAUUUUCUAAACUUGGUUAAAUUAUACACUUCAGUGGAGGUGAUUCACUGAUCUUGCAUGUAAAACAAAUAUUUGCCUAAUGCUCCUGAACCUCAAACAAGGUUCAUACAAGGGACGUUCCGGUAAUCACUAAAUCUGUUCCUAGUGGUGUCCUUGAGGUAGGUAAACUGUAUAAUUAAAAAUUAAUCACUUCCAUUUUUAUAUCUUAACCAGAAGGUUACUAUCAAUUUGCAUAUGAUCAAAUCUUGCAGAGUGCCAAAUUUUAAAUUUUUAGAUCUGACUUUUGAGAGUAAGCACAGUAAUGUAAAUUGACUGACCUAAUAUGUGGAGAAAGUGAGGACUGCAGAUGCUGGAGAUCAGAGCUUAAAAAUGUGUUGCUGGAAAAGCGCAUAUGUGACCAAGUGUGGAAAGAAGGAGCUCUGGCAGAAUUGAAAUCAAUAGGAAUCAGGGCAAAACUUUCCACUGGCUGGAGGCACUCAACGCACGAAGAAAGCUGACUAUGGUUAUUGGAGGCUAAUAGUCUUAGCCUCAGGACAUCACUACAGGAGCUCCAAGGCCCAAUCACCUUGGCUGCUCCAAUGAUCAUUGCAUCAUAAAAGUGAAGAUGUUCUCUGAAGAUUGCACCAUGUUUAGUAUCAUUCACAGCUCUUCUUAUACUGAAGUUAAUUUCCAGGUCUUUUUGUAUGUGGAUAACAUGUAUGCUUAACCUGAUGACAUUUGUAUCAAACAAGUGCUACAUAAUGUUUUCGCCAGUGAGUGUAAUGUAGUCAUCACCCCAUGACUUUACUGCUCUUACCAUCAUUGAAUCCCUCAGCAUCAAAUCCUAGGACAUAAUAUUCACGAGAAAUUAAGUGCCCAGGCAUAAAUACUGAGACUGAAAGUGCAGGCCAGCAAUGGAGAAUUCUCCAGUGAACAACUAAGCUGACUCCCCAAAGUCUGUCAACCACCCAUGAAGCACAAGCCAGGAGAGUGAAGAAUAUUCCCCACUUGCCUGAAUGAGUGCAGUUGCAACACACAAGAAGCUGGACACCAUCCAGAAUAAGGCAGUUCACUUGAUGAAGCAUAACUUAAUUGGAGUGUAUAUAGAUCCUGAACCAUCUUGAUUCAGUUGAUGUUGAAAUGACAUUUCCUCUUAAUGAAUCCAGAACUAGAGGGCACUGAUUUGAAAUUAGCGGUUGCCCUUUUAGGAUAGAUCAGGUUUGUUUUUUUUCUUGUGGAAAAAACUUUAGAACACAGUCUCAAAUGGUGGUGGAUACAGGAACACUGAAUAUUUUUAAAGGUAGUGGUAGAUCGAUCUUGUGAAGCAAAGAUCAAAGGUUAAUAGGUGUAACUGGGAAUGUGGAAUUCAGAACAUGCAACCAUUAUCAUAUUGAAUGACAGAGGUCAAGGGGCCAAAAGGCCUUUUGUUCCUAGUUUAUAUUUUUUGUCUGCAUCAACACUUCACCCACCAUCAAUGCAUAUAAUGCCAGAAUUGUGUACCAUCUACAAGUUUGAGAUGGUCAUUGUCUGGCAUUUGUGUGGUGCAAAUGUCACUUGUCAGCCUAAGGCCUGGAUAUUACACCGAGUAAAUCAAAUUGACUGAUUUUGAUGCUGGGGAUCUCUGAGGAGGCCAAGAUAUGUCAUCCACUUGGCUCUUCUGGCUAAAGAUCACAGCGAAUGUGUCAGCCUUAUCUUUGCACUUGCACUGAACUCUUCAUUCGUUAAGAAUGGGAAUAUUUGUGGAGCUUCCUCCUCUGGUGAGUUCUUUAAUUGUCCAUUAUCAUUUAUGAUUGGAUAUGGCAGGAUUUUAGAAUUUAGAUCUGAUCUGUUGGUGGUGGGAUUGCUUAGUGCUGUCUAUCAAUUACUGCUUAAGCUGUUUGGCAUACAAGUAGUCCUGUUUGGUGGCUUCACCAAAUUGAUACCUCAUUUUUAGUUAUGUCUGGUGCUGCUCCUGGCAUGCCCUCCUGCACUCACCGUUGACCCAGAGUUGGUCUCCUGAUUUGAUGAUAAUGGUUGAGUCGGCGAUAUGCUGGGCCAUGGAGGGUACAGAUUGUACUGGACUACAGUUCCGCUGUUAUUAAUAGCCCACAGUGCCUCAUAGGUGCCCAUCUUGUGUUGACAGAUCUAUUUGAAGUCUGUCCCAUUUAGGACAGUGAUAAUGCCACGCAAGAUGAUGGAGGGUUUUCUUAAUAUGUGAAGGUGGGUCUUUGUUUCCACGAGGAUUGUGUGGUAGUCACCCUGACUGAUACUGUCAAGGACAAACGCAUCAACAGCUGGCAGAUUGGUAAGGAUGAAAUAAGUUAUGUUUUUCUCUCGUUAGCUCCCUCACCACCUGCUGCAGACCCAGUCUAGCAGAUGUGUUCUUUAAUAUCCACCACCAAGAAUGACUUGGCAGGAUUCUAAAAUCCCCCAGCCAGAGUACAUUUUUGUACCAUUGUCACCCUCGGUGUUUCUUCCAAGUGUUGCUCAACAUGGAGGAGUCCUGAUUCAUCAGCUGAGGGAGGAUGGUAUGUGGUAAUUAACAGAAGGUUUUGUUGCCAGUAUUUAUAGAGGAACCUCAAUUAUCCGAAAGACAUGAGUGGGGAUUAUUUCGUUUGGUUAAUUGAAUGCCGAUAACAUAGUUUAGCCAAGCAUCGGGACGUUUCAAUCUUGUUCGGAUAAUUGAGGUUCCUCUGUACACUAUACCACCUUAAAAAGGACAAAAGCGCCCAAUGUUUAGGAUUGCCACCAUAAUUGCAAAUCCCCCAUUAAGGCAUUCCUUCUUUUAAGAGUUGGAACUAUUUUGCCAUUUCUUCACUUGUUGCAGUGAAAUCUUAGAACUCCCGAACAACAAAAUGAUUGGACUUGUACAAACCAGACUCCACUAGCUCAAGUUCUGGCUCACCUUCACCUUUUCAGUUGCAGUGGUCAACAACAAAUGCUGACCUUGACAACUUUGUUCCAAGAUAAGGUAAAAACAUUAAAAUCUCACGUAGUUUGUAUUAUCUUCCCUCCUCUGCCACCCCUUUCAGAUUGUGGUUUGACCCCUCUCAUUUAUCAACAGUAUUUAAUGAUGGCAUCUAGAUGAUAGCCCUAUUUUCAUCCAAUUAUGCAUUGGAUCCAAAUUUUAGAAAAAUUAAGCAUGGUGAGUUUACAAUUACACCUGGUAUAGAAAUCCCUUAAAAAAUAAUCUGCAUCCUGUAUUGCUUUCCCCAAGCUACACAAGACUUGUCCAGAUUUUCAUUUGCUAAAAUCAAAACAUUGUCCUCUUUGUCUUAAUGUAGAGUUAAUGAUUCACAUAAAAUGGGAUUUGGAUAUGACUGAAAGAGAAGGGUCCUUUGAAGUGUAACCACAUUUAGAUGAAACAGGGAUAACUGGGUGAGAAUUGGAGAUAAGCACCAUAAAGUGGCAUUGUAGGCAAAAGCAAGGAAAUUGAAGAUAAAGAGUGUGUUGAUAAUUCUACCAAUAAAUGUAGCACCACAAAACUUGAAGA